CCUCGAGCAGAGAACAUUGAAUAACAAGCGGAAGCGAAAAGCGCACAGCCAGAAAAGUUCGUCGAAAAGCGACAAGUUUUCCUCGUACGUUUUCCCGCCAAAUGAGUCAGAGAAAUUAUCCAAGUGCUUGUAACUAAAAAUAAAGACUUGAAAGAACAGAAAAGUGCAAGCAGUGAAUGGAGUAAAAUAUUCCAAGAUAUAAAAAAUCAAAACUUUUAAAAUAUAUACCGUACCAGCGAUAUAUAUUUUAUACAAAUUUAUACAAAAAAUUUAAAAAUCCAAAUUUUGUAUAAAAUAAUAAACUACAAUGGCCAUCGCCUACUUUAUACCCGAUCAGGCCCAAUUGUUGGCCGGCAGCUAUCAGCAAAAUAGUCAGCAGGCGACAACGAGUCCGAGGACAACUGCAACACCUGCUGCUCCACCGCAGCAACCGCAAUCAUCGCAGCAGCAACAUCAGCAGCAGCAACAUCGUCCUCAGUUCCGUGCCAACAUUUCCGUGCCGUUGGGAAGUCAACAGGGAUCGAUGACCAUGUCGGAGUUCGGAUGCUGGGACCUUCUGGCCCAGAUCUUCUGUUACGCGCUGAGAAUCUACAGCUACAAUUCCAGCCAGCGGCGACCGACGGUCAUUCAAAUAUCCUUCGAAAUCAGCAGCGGCAGUCAGAACAACGAUGACGACGAUGUGACCGAUGCCAGCUCCAAGGAAAACUAAAUUCGAUUUCCAUUCUUCAUCCGGAUGGAGGGAAGGUCCUUGCGAUUUUCCGGGAAAGGCAGGCUCAAUCAAAGCGCAUUGUGAUUUCUUUUUUGGGUAUGGACACACGAGGAGGAAAGAGUUUUGUAAAAAAUGGGAUAUUUCCACAACAAAAAAAGAAAACUAUUUUUAAACUAUUUUUGAGAGAAAGGAGAGAGGAAAAUUCAAAAUUUGUCAUCGAUUUGCUUAAAGUGAUAUUGAUUGUUUGUUACUUUUUUGGGUGUCAAAUUUUCCGAUUUUAGUUUGAGGAAAAUGUUUAUAUUUGCAAGCAAAGGUUUCCCGGUCGGUUCAAAUGCAUUACUACUUAUCAUCAUUUUGAGAGCAGCAAGAAAAGUGUGUGUAAUUAUCAUUAACCUAAUUGGUGUCUAUACAUACGAGUACUCAAGUAAAAACUAAUUGUCAAAUUUUUGCAUUUCAACUACUUACAUAUAUAUAGUCUAAACUAAUAAAUACAGAACUACAGUACAGAACCAACAAACAAACAAAGAUGCAACCGCAGCAACA